AUGUGGAAACUUCUCGUUGUUCUUGCUCUCUCUGCCACCAGUUUUGGUGCCGUUCUUGAGCAACGCUCGGAACUAUACAAACGCUGCUCUGCAAGCUCGACCUUUCCGACUGCCAAGGGUACCGUCACAGGAAAGUCGCCCAUUACCGUUUCUGCUGGUUCGACCUAUGAUGGUCGCAUGAAGCGAUUCGAUAGAGGCUCCGGCGCUUGCCAAGGCCAGAAGGAAGGUGGCGAUUCGGACGCCGUCUUCCUUGUUCAAGCCGGUGCCACAUUGAAGAACGUGAUCAUAGGCGCGUAUUUUUUCCCAAUCUUCCCCUACAGUAUUCUGAAUAAUGUUUGGUUCGAGGAUGUGUGCGAGGAUGCUAUCACUAUCAAGGGGGACAAGGCUGGUGAAACAUCACAGAUCAUCGGAGGUGGCGCCCUUAAGGCGUCUGACAAGGUUGUCCAACAUAAUGGCUGUGGGAUCGUCAAGAUACAAAACUUUUACGCCCGUACAUUCGGAAAGCUUUAUCGCUCCUGCGGAAACUGCAAGACUCAGUGUCAACGCAAGGUGGUCAUUGAUGGCGUCGAAGCGCGUGAUGGAAAGAUUAUUGCCGGCAUCAACAAAAACUACGGCGACACAGCCAAAAUUACCAACUCGUGCUACGACACGAAGAAACCUUGUAUUGUUUAUGACAGCAACAACACUGGUGCCGAGCCACACGAGGUUGGAACCUGCUGA